CGUUUGGUGAUUUGUAAAUGAGCAGCUGGUGUCCGGACGGAUGUUUGGCGUAAACGAGCUCAAACACGGAGCAGAAGCGAAGUGAAGAGACCCGUUUGGAUUUGGCUGCGCUGGAGAUCGUUCAUCAUGGUUUCUGUGAAGCGCUUUAAUAAUGCGCGUGUCGUCUGCGUGGCUUUUUUGUUCUGCCUGGCCGUCAUGUGGGAGCUCGUUUUGGCUCAGAAUGACACGGAACCCAUCGUCCUGGAGGGCAAAUGUCUGGUGGUUUGUGACUCGAACCCCGCCGACUGGAAGAGCUCGUCCUCGCCGCUCGGCAUCUCCGUGCGCGCCGCCAACUCCAAAGUGGCUUUCUCCGCAGUCAGGAGCAACAACCACGAGCCCUCGGAGAUGAGCAAUAAAACGAGAAUCAUAUAUUUUGACCAGGUUCUAGUCAACAUAGGAAACUAUUUCACACUGGAAUCCGUCUUUCUUUGUCCCCGGAAAGGAAUCUACAGCUUUAACUUCCACGUUAUUAAAGUGUACCAGAGCCAGACUAUACAAGUGAAUUUAAUGCUGAAUGGAAAGCCAGUGAUCUCUGCCUUUGCCGGUGACAAAGAUGUCACGCGGGAGGCCGCCACCAACGGAGUCCUGCUGCACCUCAACAAAGAAGACAAGGUUUAUCUCAAACUGGAGAAGGGCAAUCUGGUAGGCGGAUGGCAGUACUCCACCUUUUCUGGCUUUCUUGUUUUCCCUCUGUAAAGCAAACAGAAAGACCUCCAUCUUUGCUGUCCAAUUGUCAUUGUGUAACCGGUCUUUCAGCAUUUAUUGGAGGAUCUCAAAUGGAAUCAUAAUUCCAGACAUUCAUUCAGCUGUUGUCAGUACGGACUACUGGAAAAAAAAAACAGUGACGGUGAAUCUGGAGAGAGGACAUCUUCUCCAGUGCAAUAUCGCUUUCUCCUGUAACUUCGUAACUCCAGGAGGUUCAGCACAUCUUGUCAGACUCUUUGUUUGUUUCGUUGUAGAUGUUUGUAUUGCUUUUCUUUACCGUGUGGUUUUUAAUGAAAUGAGGAAUCCUGAUCUUAAUCUCUUAAAGACAUUUCCUCGCAGAAAGGAAAUGCAUGAAACAUUCUGGCCAAUUGAGGGUUCAAUAUU